AUAAAGAAAAGCUAAUUUGAUGAAUGUUUGAAUUUAGCUGGGGCCUAAUAGAUGGCAGGUAAUUACUUUAAUGGAAGGUGGCAAUGUGGCAACCUCUUUGAAAGCCAACCAAAGCUCAGUGGAUGCGGAAGACAAUUAACGACAAGGGACCUCGAAUCUGAUUGAAUAUGAUCGAGAGCAAUCUGUGCAUAUCACUUGAUUCUCAGAUACUCGGGCCAAGUGAGACAGUGAAACAAAAGUGCGACCAUGUUCUGGGCCAUUAGAGUUAUAUCCACAGUCCGACGUUCGUUGGGGUAUAAAGGUACAACAAUGAAGCGUUGAUGAAAAAGUUAUCACAAUCUCUACGACCGGCUCGUACCUCUAAACUUCACUUUAACUCAUUCCUUCAUUUCAAAUAACGAAACUACCAAAAAUGGUCCAAAUCCUCUCCUUUGCCCUUGCCAUUGCUUCCGCAGCUGUCGCUGCUGCUGCUGCCAUCGAUGUCUCUCCUGAGACUCAGAGCCACGUCGUCGUCCCUCCUUCUGUCAAGAAUGACCGUCGUGCCAUGCGUCGUGCUGCUCUCGAAGCCCGCAGCAGCUCCACCUACUCUGGACUUGCCACCUGGUUCAACCCUGCCCUUCAGGGAGGUUCCACUGGCGCCUGCGGUCCCCAAGAAGGUGACGAUUCUUUGAUUGUCGCUCUCAACGCUCCUCAGUAUGGUGACCUUGACUCCAAGAGCUCAUGGUGCGGUAAGAAGGUUGCCAUCACCCACAACGGAAAGACCGUUCAAGCUACCAUCAACGAUGCCUGCCCUGAGUGCAAGUACGGUUCCUUGGAUCUUACUCCCGCAGUCUUCAACAAGCUCGGUAACCCAGACACUGGUAUCCUUGAUAUCAAGUGGGUCCUUGUCUAAAUUAUAGUUUCGCCGGCGAACAACAUAAUUAUAAUAGAUAUCCUCACUCACUUG